CGGGCGACCGGCGAGCCGCUUCAGCACUUGCAGCUGGGACGCGGCUAGUUAGGCGGUACGCUGGGCCGGCCCCCAGGUUCCGCUCAUUCCCUUUCCAUCUCCUGCACGCAGGAGCUACACCGCCCCCCCCCCCGCGCCCUCAGUUUGCAGGGCCAGAGACCAAACAAUGAAAGGGCAGAGGGCAGUGAGGGCUUCAAUCGACAAUUAAAAACAAAAACAAAACCACAACCAAACAAAACAAACCCCCAAACCCAAAAUAAAACAAAAAGAGAAUAACCCGGUUCCUAUUUGCACCUGCUUCAGUGGACACUGAAUUUGGAAGGCAGAGGGUUUUCCUUGUUUUUGUUUUGUUUCCUUCAAGACUUGGGCAUCUUUUGACUCUACCCUCCCAAGAUUUCACGAACAGACUGUGAGCCUAGCAGGGCAGAUCGUGUCCAGCGCGUGUUUUCCUGGGCAGGAGACUUCGAGGCUGUCAGAGUGCUCUUGCGUGGUUAUUCCUGCAAGUUUCCUUCCCAGGAGCUUCCCGCAGGUGGGCAAUUAGCUGCAGUGACUACCGCAUCGCAGCCUGUUGAACUCUUCUCAGCUAGAGAAGGGGAAGCGGAAUAAAGGAAUUAGGCGGAAGAGUCAGCCAAGCUCAAGGAUGGAGGUACAGUUAGGGCUAGGGAGGGUUUACCCCCGGCCGCCGUCCAAAACCUAUCGAGGAGCUUUCCAGAACCUGUUCCAGAGCGUGCGCGAAGUGAUCCAGAAUCCGGGCCCCCGGCACCCUGAGGCCGCGAGCGCAGCACCUCCCGGCGCCCGUUUGCAGCAGCAGCAGCAGCAGCCGCAGGAGACCAGUCCUCGGCAGCAGCAACAGCAGGGUGACGAUGGCUCUCCCCAAGCCCAGAGCAGAGGCCUCACAGGCUACCUGGCCCUGGACGAGGAACAGCAGCCUUCCCAACAGCAGCCAGCCCCCAAGGGCCAUACGGAGAGCGGCUGCGUUCCAGAGCCUGGAGCUGCUUCAGCCACCGGCAAGGGGCUGCAGCAGCAGCAGCCAGCACCACCGAACGAGGAUGACUCAGCUGCCCCAUCCACGUUGUCCCUGCUGGGCCCCACUUUCCCGGGCUUAGGUAGCUGUUCCACCGAUCUUAAAGACAUCCUGAGCGAGGCCGGCACCAUGCAACUCCUUCAGCAGCAGCAGCAGCAGGAGGUAGCAUCGGAAGGUAGCAGCAGCGGGAGAGCUAGGGAGGCCGCUGGUGCUCCCACCUCCUCCAAGGACAGUUACCUAGGGGGCAGUUCGACCAUCUCAGACAGCGCCAAGGAGUUGUGUAAGGCAGUGUCGGUGUCCAUGGGCUUGGGUGUGGAGGCGUUGGAGCAUCUGAGUCCUGGGGAACAGCUUCGGGGGGAUUGCAUGUACGCCCCGCUCCUGGGAGGUCCACCCGCUGUACGUCCUUGCGCCCCGCUGGCCGAAUGCAAAGGUUCUCUUCUGGAUGACGGCCCAGGCAAGGGCACCGAAGAAACUUCUGAGUAUUCCCCUUUCAAGGCAGGUUAUGCCAAAGGGUUGGAUGGCGACAGCCUGGUUUGUUCGGGCAGCGGUGAAGCAGGGGUCUCCGGGACACUUGAGCUGCCAUCCACCCUUUCUCUCUACAAGUCUGGAGCACUAGAUGAAGCGGCAGCUUAUCAGAGUCGCGACUACUACAACUUUCCGCUCUCCCUAGCCGGGCCGCCGCCCCCUCCGACACCUCCCCAUCCUCACACCCGUAUCAAGCUGGAAAACCCGCUGGACUAUGGCAGCGCCUGGGCGGCUGCAGCGGCACAAUGCCGUUACGGGGAUCUGGCGAGCCUGCAUGGCGGGGGUGCAGUGGGACCCAGCUCAGGCUCACCCUCGGCCACUGCCUCCUCUUCCUGGCACACUCUCUUCACAGCAGAAGAAGGCCAGCAGCUGUACGGGCCCUGUGGCGGGAGCGGAGGCGGCAGCGCUGGCGAGGCAGGGUCUGUAACCCCCUAUGGCUACACUCGGCCACCUCAGGGGUUGGCAGGCCAGGAAGGUGACUUCCCUCCACCUGAUGUGUGGUAUCCCGGCGGUGUGAUGAGCAGAGUGCCCUAUCCGAGUCCCAGUUGUGUCAAAAGCGAGAUGGGUCCCUGGAUGGAGAGCUACUCCGGACCGUAUGGGGACAUGCGCAGUACCCAAAGAAAGACACAAUUCAGAAGAAUCUUGAGAUCACUAUCCUCAAUAAGUUUAUAACCAUUAAAACAACAACAACAACAACAA